AUGGUCGACGACGGCGCGUUAGCCGCCGCAGCGGCCUUCGUCGAAUCGCUGGCUAUUGACAAUAGCCAUCUCGACCCUCUUCCAUCCGAUUAUCAAUAUGACUUCAAGCUCCCCGGCCGCGAGACACCCGGGAAGCGUGCCCUCGAGCAAGAGCUAGCGAAAGUAGCAAUUAGAAUCCAACUGCUAGAAGAUCGGGCUCGCGCCGCAUCUGCGUUCCCCGACACCCCAAAUGAGACUUCAGACUCCGUCUUUGGCGAUGACUCGGGUUCCUCGCUAUCGACAAGCAGUCGGCCUCCCAGGCCCGUCGACUGCAAACAAGGUAGCUCGGACGAUUCCUGCAUUAUGGCUGGCCAGCUGACCGAAGAUGCCCUCGAAGGCUUGCAAGGUUUGCAAGAACAUGUCAAGGACCAGUCGAAGCUGAUCCUUCACCAACGUCAAGAACUUGACGGCAUCGGUGCCAAGUUGUCGGAGCAAAAACAAAUGACCGAAAAGGCCAUCGCCGCUAUUGAAAGGGAGCGUGUCGCGGCUCUCGAACGGGAGCUAUGGAAACACCAAAAGGCCAAUGAGGCCUUCCAAAAGGCACUCCGAGAGAUUGGCGAAAUCGUUACUGCUGUGGCCCGCGGAGACCUUUCGAAGAAGGUUCGCAUGAACUCGGUAGAGAUGGACCCCGAAAUCACCACCUUUAAGCGAACUAUCAAUACCAUGAUGGACCAACUGCAAGUCUUCGCUAGCGAAGUAUCGAGAGUUGCGCGAGAGGUCGGAACCGAGGGUUUACUUGGCGGACAAGCCCGCAUCGAUGGUGUCGACGGCACCUGGAAGGAACUUACAGAUAAUGUGAAUGUCAUGGCCCAGAAUCUCACUGACCAAGUGCGAGAGAUUGCAUCCGUUACCACUGCCGUUGCCCACGGUGACCUGACGAAGAAGAUCGAGCGACCCGCAAAGGGAGAAAUUCUCCAACUCCAGCAAACGAUUAAUACCAUGGUGGAUCAACUGAGGACCUUUGCUGCCGAAGUCACGCGCGUCGCCCGUGAUGUCGGAACAGAAGGUAUGCUGGGAGGUCAGGCCGAUGUUGAAGGUGUGAAGGGCAUGUGGAACGACUUGACCGUCAAUGUCAACGCCAUGGCCAACAACUUGACGACACAAGUCCGAGAUAUUAUCAACGUCACUACCGCCGUCGCUAAGGGUGAUCUGACGCAAAAGGUGCAAGCCGAUUGCCGAGGUGAAAUCUUUGAACUCAAGUCCACUAUCAACUCCAUGGUAGACCAACUGCAACAAUUCGCACGAGAAGUAACAAAGAUCGCCUGGGAGGUCGGUACCGAAGGUCGACUCGGUGGUCAAGCCACAGUCCACGACGUCGAAGGUACCUGGAGGGAUCUGACGGAGAACGUCAAUGGCAUGGCCAUGAACCUGACCACCCAAGUGCGAGAAAUCGCAAACGUCACAUCUGCCGUCGCUAAGGGGGACCUUUCAAAGAAGAUUUCCGUUCCCGUGAAGGGAGAGAUUCUGGACCUGAAGAACACUAUCAACACCAUGGUUGACCGCCUUGGCACCUUUGCCUUCGAGGUCAGCAAAGUGGCGAGAGAAGUAGGCACGGAUGGUACUCUUGGUGGUCAGGCUCAGGUCGAGAAUGUCGAGGGUAAAUGGAAGGACCUAACCGAAAACGUCAACACUAUGGCUUCCAAUUUGACGGUUCAGGUCCGAAGCAUUUCCGAAGUCACGCAGGCUAUUGCCAAUGGCGACAUGAGCCGAAAGAUUAAGGUUGAAGCCCAGGGUGAAAUCCAAGUCUUGAAGCAGACCAUCAAUGACAUGGUGGAUCGGCUUUCCAACUUCUGUAACGAAGUCCAAAGAGUCGCGAAGGAUGUCGGUGUUGACGGCAAGAUGGGUGCUCAGGCUAAUAUCCUCGGUCUGGAGGGUCGAUGGAAGGAGAUCACCACGGACGUGAAUACCAUGGCUAGCAAUCUGACAACGCAAGUGCGAGCCUUCUCCGACAUUACAAACCUUGCUACCGACGGCGACUUUACAAAGCUUGUCGAUGUCGAAGCCUCUGGAGAGAUGGACGAGCUCAAGAGGAAGAUCAAUCUGAUGGUGUCAAAACUCCGAGAAAGUAUCCAACGUAACACCCAGGCGAGGGAGGCAGCUGAAUUGGCCAACAAGACGAAAUCCGAAUUCCUGGCGAACAUGUCCCACGAGAUCCGAACACCAAUGAAUGGUAUCAUUGGAAUGACACAGUUGACCCUUGACACCGACUUAACACAGUACCAGCGCGAGAUGCUUAAUAUUGUCCACAAUCUUGCCAACAGCUUACUAACGAUUAUCGACGAUAUUCUGGAUCUGUCCAAGAUCGAGGCGAGGAGGAUGGUCCUCGAGGAGAUUCCGUUUACCUUGCGUGGCACCGUCUUUAACGCACUUAAGACUUUAGCCGUCAAGGCGAACGAGAAGUUCUUAGAUUUGACGUACAAGGUAGACAGCUCGGUACCGGACCACCUCAUUGGCGAUUCUUUCCGUCUCCGCCAAGUUAUCCUCAACCUCGUCGGGAAUGCCAUCAAGUUCACCGAGGAAGGUGAGGUUAGCCUUACCAUCCGGAAGUAUAAAUCAGAGACGCGCAAGGGCGAGUAUAUGAUCGAAUUUGUCGUCACCGACACGGGCAUCGGUAUUGCUCCGGAUAAGCUCGAUCUGAUCUUCGAUACAUUCCAACAGGCCGACGGUUCAAUGACCCGGAAGUUUGGUGGAACUGGUUUGGGCUUGUCCAUUUCGAAGCGUCUCGUCAACCUCAUGGGCGGCGACUUAUGGGUGGACAGCAAGUUCGGUACUGGAAGCGAGUUCCACUUUACCUGUAGAGUCCGAGUUGCUCCUGAAGAUUCGGUCUCCAGGAUGGACUUUAGCCAAUAUCGUGGACACCAGGUUCUCUUCGUCGACAAGGCGCAGACGAACUUCGGACCUAGAAUCAAGGAUAUGUUGGAGGACAUAGAACUGGUACCCGUCGUUGUGAAGUCGGAAGAGAGCCAGUCUAUUUCGUCGAUGAAGGGUCAGGCAAAAAUGCCGUACGAUGUGAUACUUGUCGACUCGAUAGACACUGCCCGGAACCUACGGGCCGUCGACGACUUCAAGUACCUACCGAUUGUCCUCCUUGCUCCCGUUGUCCACGUCAGUCUAAAGUCAUGCUUGGACCUCGGAAUCACGUCCUACAUGACGACCCCGUGCACAACGACCGAUCUAGGCAAUGCUAUGAUUCCAGCGUUGGAGAACCGCGCGACACCCUCGAUCGCCGACACAACCAAGUCAUUUGAAAUUCUACUGGCGGAAGAUAACACGGUCAAUCAGCGUCUCGCGGUUAAGAUCCUCGAGAACUACCAUCAUGUUGUUACUGUGGUAGGUAACGGUCUUGAAGCAGUCGAGGCUGUAAAGAACAGGAAAUUCGAUGUUAUUCUCAUGGACGUGCAGAUGCCCAUUAUGGGAGGAUUUGAGGCUACGGAGAAGAUUCGAGAUUAUGAGAGAAUACGAGGCGGCUAUCGCACUCCGAUCAUCGCGCUCACGGCUCACGCUAUGAUGGGUGACCGUGAAAAGUGCAUUCAAGCACAGAUGGAUGAGUACCUAUCAAAGCCGCUCCAGCCCACCCACUUGAUCCAAACCAUCUUCAAGUGCGCAACACUAGGCUGUGAACUCCUUGAGAAGAACCGGGAACGUGAACUCAACCGGCAGGCGGAGACGGUAGAAGCAGCCAAGCACGGACUCCCCCACAGGCCCUCGCUUGAGUCAAGAGCCUUCGCAUCGACGGAGUCUGCCAAGAAGGGAGCUAGUGCCGCCGCGGCUUCGGCCACUUCAGAUGAUGCCUUAGCAAGGCACUACAUGCGGUCUCAGGGCAGAUAG